GUAUGCCGUUUUAUGUUUUAGAUAUUAAUAGUGAGGUUUAUUUCAUCAUUAUACAGAGGAGAUAUGCCGUUUUAUGUUUUAGAUAUUAAUAGUGAGAUUUAUUUCAUCAUUAUACAUAGGAGAUAUGUCGUUUUAUGCUUUUGAUAUUAAUAGGGAGAUUUAUUUCAUCAUUAUAAAGGGGAGGGUUUGCCAUUUUAUGCUUUAGAUAUUAAUAGGGAGAUUUGUUUCAUCAUUAUAAAGGGGAGGGUUUGCCGUUUUAUGCUUUAGAUAUUAAUAGCGAGAUUUAUUUCAUCAUUAUACAGAGGAGGUAUGCCGUUUUAUGCUUUAAAUAUUAAUAGGGAGAUUUAUUUCAUCAUUAUACUGGGAAGUUGAUGUGGCAACAACCAGUUGUUCACAACCAAGCCUUCAAUACACACACAGUUCACCUAUUGUAUAGUAUCACAAUCAUCAAUUUUCAAUAUCGUUAUUGAUUUUCAAAGUUGCUUGUAGAUAUGAAAUCAGUGGAUAAAAUUUUUUCUAUUAUAUUAAAUAUGGUUCCAACUGAAUUAAUCUGAAUACUAACUACCCUAUUCAGUACUUAAAACAUUGUUGUGACGUCAGUUCUUUGUCUUGACAGUACUUUAUUUUUCAUACCGUACUGAACAUAGUCCAGUAUUAUUAAGAGCAGGCCAAUAUUAUGAGAAAUACUGGACUGACAGUAAAAACCAGGAAUAAAGACCACUCUUCGUUGUGCGAGAAAACAUUAAUUAUUUAUCGAAUACAAUAUUCAAGGCAUGAAAUAUUCCAGUAAAUUAUACGAAAUGAGUGUUUCAUGUAUAAUCCUAUUUUACUGUAUAUGAAAUCGUUUAGGCACCACAGUUAUAAAUGCAUGUCACAAUCAUUCAUUUAAACACAUGCACAUUAAAGUCGCAAAUUCACUGUUACAUCCCGGCAGUGAUGUUUAUUUCUUUUCCUGAUCCAAAGGAAACACUUUCAUUGAGCUUCACUUUCUUUGGCUCCGGCGGGGACACUGUGGACGGUUUCUAAAUCAAAUCACUUUACACUCUGCAAUUGUUCCUCGGAGGUGCGUUUGUAGUUGCGAAUCGCAGAUGACCUGUGACCAGUUUUUUCCCGCAAUAAGUUGCCCGUCAACACCCGCAUCAUAAUAGGCGUGUGGCGACAGGAACCCGAAAUGAUUUGUCAAAAAAAACCAAAAAAAAACAUCAAAUCCUGCCUCUCUACAUCUUUUGGCCACAAUCUGUUGCAGCUGAUGUACCAUACAUUCCCCUUAGGGGCGAUUUUUGGUCUGAGAUAUAAUGCAUUGCAUUUUCCACUGCUUGAUUAAAAAGAAAUUUGUAUACAACAAAAAUGAAACAAACAAAAUAAACACUAUGAAAAUAAUUGUUAAUAUAUUUAGGAGAAUUUGUAGAAAUAAUGAAUAAUCUUACUGCAAACUCAUGUACUUUUCAAUCAUUUGAAUCCAUUUCUUCAUGGCACCCGGACUAAAUGCUAAAAAAGGGCUGCGGCUUCUGUUUUUAUACCAGUUAUAGGCAUACGUGUCAGUAUCAUAUUAUUAGGGUUCCCAGAAAGGAACUUGGGAAGUCAAGGUUUGUUUUAUCUAAAAGAUUCUUUCCGAACACCCUUUAUGUACCCUCAUUCACCCAAAAAAGAAAACCAGUUUUGUUGAGUACAGUCUUCAGACAAUAGAAGCAUUCGAAUCGCUUUCCAUGAAGAACAAAACCCUGUUUUGAGGAGUAUCGUAUUAUGACAAUUGAAAUGAUGAGCUAACAGUUUUUUGUGAAUGAAAGAAAAGAGUUGACCUUGUGUGCCAUUAAAGUUUAUGAAUUCCUAAUAUAUCUAAUAUUAAAAACAAAUCAGAAACGAGAGGUUUAAAUAUAUUUGUCUAUACAUGUACCAAUAUAUAUUUGUACGCGUUUUUGAUUUCAAUUUUUUUAUUUUUUUUUUGCGUUUAAAUGCCAGUCCCGUAUCUGACAUAAACCAUCUUCGUCUUGUAUCCCUUACUUAUGUGACCUAAGAAAUCCCCUGAAAUAUUAUCUGUAGUUAUAUUUCUGACUAGAUGAUGCAUGCUUAAUGUAUUUAUAAGUAUUUCAGGAAAACAGAAGCUGCAGUUUUGCAAAUUGAUAUGAAAACAUUUUUAUAUUAUAUCUCUAUGAUAAAGAGAUUCAUUUUGAAAAUAUUUUUAUAUUAUUUCUCUAUGAUAAAGAGAUUCAAAUUGAAGUACAAAUUUUUAUCUAAAGUUCUUAUCAUGUUACCAUUUGGGAUCAAAGUUUGGAAUUUUAUCUAUCGAGUUAAUUUGACUGGUGAGCAUUGUUGUCCAUGAGCCUUUUGUUAGAAUGUUAAUCUCUAGAUUCUAUGCAUUUGUGACAAACAUGCAAUUUUAAAUCAAGACACCAUCCACCUGUUAAACUCUGUGACCAGAAACUCAGUGACUAGGAACUCAGUGACCAGAAACUCAGUGACCAAAACUUACUGACCAGGAACUCAGUGACCAGGAACUCAGUGACCAGAAACUUAGUGACCAGGAACUCAGUGACCAGAAACUUAGUGACCAGGAACUCAGUGACCAGAAACUUAGUGACCCAGAAACUCAGUGACCAGAAACUUAGUGACCAGGAACUCAGUGACCAGGAACUUAGUGACCAGGAACUCAGUGACCAGAAACUUAGUGACCAGGAACUCAGUGACCAGAAACUCAGUGACCAGAAACUUAGUGACCAGGAACUUAGUGACCAGGAACUCAGUGACCAGAAAUAGACGGACACCUUUACAGUGGAAGCUGUGUCGCUGGGCCACCUAAAGAGAAUCAUCGUGGGUCAUGAUGGCACUGGGGCGGGAAAUGGCUGGCACUUGGAGAAGAUCAUAGUGAAGGAGCCCUCUGGUGGCAGAUCCCAUGACGAGGCUGUGUUCCACUGUGGAAAGUGGUUAGAUGAGGGCCAAGAUGAUGGAAAGAUUGUGCGCGAGCUAAAGGUACAGGAGGAAUAUAUGGACGAUAUCCUGGAAAAGCGCAAUUGGGAAUACGAAAAGUGGAAAUUUGAGAAAGACUGCCAAGUCAAGCUGUACUCUCUGGCCUCGGGGAAAGCUGUCCGGAUCAAACAAAAUGGAGCAAUCGACGCGCUCGGAAACGACAUGGAUUUCCAUGCGUUGUUUAACGUGGUCCAACGAAAAGUCAUGGUCAGAAUGUUUAACAGUGUCCCCAACCCCAACUCCUUCAUCUCCAUCGACACCGGGAAAAUGGUCAUGCAUAAGGGCAGUGGUCCUUACUGUGAGUUCAGAUUGAGGGUCCAGGGAGACCGGUCCAUCAUGUUUGAGUCCGUGAAGAACCCGCUCCAAUUCCUGACAUUUGGUGAGGACGGACAUCCGUCUGACGUCAGGGGGAUCCUGGACAAAGAGAAAACACGGAGGUUUUUUGUCUACUGUAAGGGUAUGUUCCGACACCGAGGAGUGCUGAUUCUUUCCACAUCACUCUACCAAGCCAUUAACAUCAACUCGGACCUGUCUAUGACUGCACUAGGUACACCCUCCAGUAAAAUGGCACAGUUCAGAGUUCACAAGGUCACAGAGAAUGGGGUCAGAAUGUUUGAGAGCAUUUCACAUCCAGGGAAAUACAUUCGUCUUAAGGAUGGAAAGAUUGAUUGCCAGGGGAUACGUGAUGAAGCUUCACAUUUUAUUGUGGAGAAGCGCAGAGCUGGGGGAUAUGUCAGCCUGCAGUCUGCUUCACAGAGAGGUCUAUACCUGGGAAUGAAGCCGGAUGGGAGAGUCUGGCCAACUGUGGACACUGGCGUCAACAAUGUACACCUGUAUCCACAGGUUGUCGAAUGGGGAGCGAGGAAGGCUUCUAGCAUUGCUGAGGAAGAGGAAGAAGCAUCUGUAAAAAUGGAAACUCCGAGAGCAGAAACCCCUCCCCCCAAAGUGGAGACCCCACCCCCUAGAGGAGAGACUCCACCUGCCAUUAAGCCAGGCCAUGCAGUGUUUUUGACUGAGGAUGCUCGAUUUCGAGUGGGUGAGGAUGAUUGGAACAUCCACGUGUCAACCAUCGAGGAACUGAAGAAUGCCGAUGUGGCUCUGGUGAUUUAUGGAGAGACAGGAAAUUCUGGUGGUAUCCGAUUGGAAGCGCCACCUGGAAGAGAAAUCUUUCAGCCCAAUAAUGAGGACGGUUUUAGGGCUAGUGUUAAAGUGGGUAAGUUCUAUAAGAUUCGCCUGGAACUCCUCCCUAAAUCAUCGUCAAAGAAACCGUCAUGGAAGGUGAACGAGGUCAAACUAACAAAUGUAGCAACGGAGGAGUCCUUAAACUUCCCAUUCAGCCAAUGGUUGUCACGGGAACAUGACGACAUGGAUAUCAUGAGGGAACUUCCUGCAAUCUGGCAAGGGGAGGACACUCCUCCAGUCUUUAAGUACUAUGUGCUGAUACAUACCGGUGACAUUGAUGAUGCUGAGACAGAUGCAGAAGUUUACUUGAACAUAUUUGGAGAGAAAGGAGACACAGGAAAGAGAGCCCUGCUGAAGUCUAACAACAUAAACAAAUUCAGGAGUGGACAGGUGGAUGUCUUUGAGAUUGAGGCUGUGUCACUAGGAAAGCUGGAGAAGUGCAUUGUGGGACAUGAUGGCACAGGAAGUGACCAGGGUUGGUUCCUAGAUAGGAUCACAAUCAGGGAGAGUGAAGAAUCAAAAGAGGAGUACAUCUUCCUGUGUGAGAAGUGGUUAGACGUAAACAAAGAAGAUCGGCGAAUCGAACGGACCUUGGUUGUCAAGGAAGUUCUACCAGUUCAGGUGGACACCAUAAUAGAGGAAGAAGAAGAGAACACCAUCAAAGAAGGAGACUGGAAGAUAUGGAUCACCACUGGCAAGGAUGAAUCCAUGGCAACUAGUAAUAUGGUAUUCCUGUAUGCUUACGGCACCAAUGGGAGUGCAGGGCCACUGAAGCUGGGAAAUGGGAAGGAUGGCUUCUUCAGAGCAGGAACAACAGACAUCAUCAAGAUGUCAUUUGGUAGUGGUGCUGGUGAGGUAUACAAAAUUCGCAUUGGUCAGAAUGAGGCUUACCCUGGGAGUGGAUGGUAUCUGGAAAAGCUGAAGCUCCAAGACUGCUCUAAUGGAGAUGAGUUUGAUAUUGAGGUCAACAGGUGGUUGUCACGUUCCCAUGACGAUGGUGAUGUCUGGAGAGAGUUCGCAAUUUCCCAAAUUGGAAAAAUUUUACCAGUGGUGACAUAUACAGUGGAGGUUUACACUGGGUCUGAGGAGACGUCCUGCACCACUGCUGGUGUCUUCAUCUGUAUCUAUGGAACACGCGGUGAUACAGGCAAACGCAAACUUUUCAAGUCCAAAACAUCCAACGAUCCAUUCCAAAAGGGGGCACAUGAUGUGUUUGAGUUGGAGGCUGUUUCCCUUGAUGAGGUGGACCGCAUAGUUAUUGGUCAUGACAAGAAAGGCUCUGACCCCACUUGGUUUCUGGACAAGGUCAUUAUUCGUGCUGACGACAAGCCAGACAAGGACUACAGGUUUAACUGUGGGAGAUGGCUGUCGGAGACAGAGGGUGAUGGUAAAUGUGAAGUUGAAUUGUCACCUGGCUGGUUCACAGAGAAAGCCACCAAAUCCAGAGGAGAGUUCAGUUUGUCAGUGAAAACGUCUGAAGAUUCUUCCCCCGCUGGCAGGGGUAAGGUGGACCUGACAGUGUACGGGGACAAUGGAAAGAGUGAGAGCAUCACUCUGACCGCCCCCAGUCCCGGGGACAAACUGUUUGAACCAGGAAACAUUGACAGCUUCACGAUAAAUGUGGGUGAGAUUGGAAACCUUUACAAGAUCCAGUUUACUCGAGAAGACCACCCUAAGUGGAAGGCGUGGUACCUGGAGGAGGUCAAGCUUCAGGACUUGGACACCAGUGAGGUAUUUGUUGUCCGUUGUGACCGCUGGCUCUCCAGGGAGAAGGACGACUUUGAUCUCACCAGAGAGUUCCCAAUCAUCCACGAAAAGACAACUCCUCCUGAAGUUCGGCAGUAUGAGGUGGAGGUAAUGACUGGAAACCACUGGGCUGCAGAGACAGAUGCUGACCUAUUUGUUACUGUCUUUGGAGACCAGGGGGACACGGGGCGACGGAAACUGUAUCACUCCUUCCAGGAGGGAGACAAAUUCCUGCGGGGGAAGGUGGACAAAUUUGUGUUUGAGGCGGUUUCCCUGGGUGAACUUAGUAAAGUACAAAUAGGUCAUGACAGCAAGGGUCAUGGUGCUGGUGUUUACAUCGAAGACAUAAUGGUCACAGAAAAGUCCCAUCCUAACGUCCAGUAUUUGUUUCCGUGCAGAUGCUGGCUGGACGAGAGAGAAGGGGACAAGAGAACAUGGAGGGUUCUGCCAUUACUAGAAAAAAGAGAUCCCUCAAAAGGUUCUCCACAGAGGGAUUUAAGGAAAAAAUCAAAGGGUAAAUGGUCAGUGACUGUGAUGACCAGUGAGGAAAAGGAUUCAGGAACUAGUGCCCAGGUGUACCUGACUGGGUUUGGUACAAAGGGACAGUCUCAAAAACAGCCGCUAGGGUCGGGUCAACAGAGUCAGAGCGAAUUCAGCCCAGGGGCUGUAUCAGAAUUCAAUGUCAGUUUCGGAGAUAUUGGAGACCUACUGAAAGUCCGCCUUGAACACAACAAUAAGAAUGAGUCUCCCUCCUGGCAUGUGGACUGGGUUGAACUGGUUGAUGUGGAUACAGAUGAACACCACAAAGUGUUCGUCAACCGCUGGUUCGCUGUCGAUGAAGAGGACGGACAAGUCAUCAGGGAGUUUUCCAUCAGUCACCCUGGUGACAUGCCUCUCCCAGUAUGCCAGUAUGUAAUUCUGGUGCAGACCUCUUUGACCUCUGACCCUGCUGCCAGUGAAGGUCAGGUCAGCAUCAACAUCCAGGGAGAAUACGGCGACACUGGAGAGAGAAGGCUGAGUGGGAAAUCCCCGUGGAAAUCUGGGGAGGAGGCAUCCUUCAUUAUAGAAUCCAUUAGUCUUGGUGUGCUUACCAAAAUCAAGCUUCAGUUUGAGAGUCAAGGAGUAAGUUGGCUGGUUGAGAGAGUGAGGAUCUUUGAGAAACCCACAGCAAUUUCCCAGACUGUGUUCAAUUGCCAUUCUGUGUUUGACACCAAGAGUGGGGACAGGAAUGUGUCCAAGGAGUUCCCAGCAGCAGCGGUUCAGCCAUGUGAAGUCCCCAGCAAGGUUGUAGAGAAAUACUUUGGGGACAUUUCUCCACCCAUCUCCAAGGGUCGCUGGCAGAUUUCAGUGGAGUGUGGAAAAGAUGGAACGGAGGAUGAUGUCUUCCUGGUGGUGUAUGGGGUCAAAGGUCACUCCACUCCACAUCACAUAAACAGCAAGGAAAAACUCACACCUGGUGCUUUGAUAAUUUCAGAUAUUGACAUUGGAGACAUUGGUGCAAUAUUCAAGAUUCAUUUAUAUUUUGGAGGUGACUUUACAGGAACUUCCUGGUUCCUUAAUAAGAUGAAGAUGAGAGAUGCUGACUCAAAGGAGCAGUUUUUGUUUACUCACAACAAAUUGAUAGAAUGCACAGCUGAAAACCCAACAGGAUUGGUUGAACUUCCAGCCAUUCGACCUGACCUAGCUCCACUUCAAGAGGAAGAGUUCACUUUGUAUGUUUCUACGGGUAACAAAGACUUGGCUGACACCGCAGCAGAUGUAUGCUGUAACCUGAUUGGUGAAUGGGGAAGUUCAGGAUCAAGGUUAUUGUCAAAAUCUACCAAUCAAACUCCAUUUAAACAGGGACAGGUGGACGAGUUUAAGAUUCGAGGUCUGGAGCUUGGAAAGCUGAAGGAGAUGGUGAUCAGUCACGAAGAACAGGGCCGGGGUCGGGGCUGGUUCUGUGACCGAGUAGUGGUGAAGUCCACUUUGUCCAGCAUGCUGAAGGUCUUCCCCUGUAACCGGUGGCUGGACACUGGCUGUGAAGACAGACAACUGGUCAGACAUCUCAAGCCACUGGGACAGAUGCCAGUCAGCAGUCCACCUAUUGCUGGCAAAUCCAAUGGAGACUGGACUUGUAUUGUAAAGACAGCCGACAUUGAUCAGUUGCCUGAUGUAGCCAAAAACCGCAGCAGUAAAUCACGUGAAGUGUCAUUGACAAUAUAUGGCAGCGAGUCGGUGCAGGGCCCCAUAGAACUGAUUAGCAUGCAGGGGGAGGCCUUUCUACCAGGACAGAUUGACACAUUCCCCGACCUGAACUUUGGAAACGUCGGGAAGAUUCAGAAAAUCCGAGUCAGUGCUGGAUAUGAGCAGGAUCCUGACACAGUAUGGACCGUGGAGAAGGUGACCUUGACAGACCGUGACACAGGUGAGGUCUUGGAAUUCGAUUUUUCCCGCUGGAUUGGAGAGAUGGGCGGGGACAUCAGGAAAGAGCUUCCUGUCAUAAAAAUUGGCCAGGGAUUCAAACAAGUCCUCCCCUACCACAUUCAGAUUUUCACCAGUGAUGAAGAAAUGGAUUCUGGGACAGAGUCACAUGUGUUUAUCACACUGUAUGGAAUGGACUCGGACACUGGCAGACGACACCUCCACCUCAACAAACAAAAAUGUUUCCAGACUGGUCAGGUUGAUACAUUUACUGUUGAGGCUGUUGACUUAGGAGAGCUGGAAAAAAUAGUGAUCGCUAAGGGUCCGGGAUCACCGUGGUUACUGGACAAGGUGGUUGUUAAGGAGAAUGAAUACAGUGCUCUUCAGUACAAUUUUGUCCAUGGAAAGUGGAUUGGGAGCAAGGAGACCAAGAAACAGGAACUAGAGGAGACACUCCGACUGAACGAGACUUGGCCGAGUUCUGUCGUGAUUCCGGCUGACCGAGUCAAAAGCAUACCACAGUCUAAUGGAGCUUGGAAGAUCAGCACAGACACUGGUGGGCAGAAAGGAGGAGUGCCCCUGGAUCUGGUGGUCACAUUCAUCGGCAGCGAGGGCGAAAGUGAACUUUGUCCACUCAAGUCCUCCCGUGACAACCCAUUCCAGAUCGGUCAGAAGGACAUGUGUGAGAUUAAGUUUGCUGCUGAUAUUGGCGAGCUGUACAAACUACGUAUUGGUUACCUUGACAACACCAAAAAGAAAGGCUGGUUACUGAGAAGGAUUGUUUGUGAGGACAUUGACACAGGAGAUAUGUUUACCUAUGACCUGAAUGACUGGGUCACAGUGGACGAUAAAUCUGAUGGCUGGAGGGAAAUCCCUGUCCAUUGGCCAGCCAUUAUUCCUCCCAAAGUCCUUAAGUACCAGGUAAUUACAUACCUGGGUGAUGUACACAAGGCUGGCACUGAUGCCAAUGUGUCUGUCUGUCUGUCUGGAAGUCUGGGGAACUCUGGAAAACGUCUUUUGAAACACUCCCUGACAAACCAGGAACGUUUCACACAGGACCAGGUGGACCAGUUUGAAAUAGAGGCAGUGGAUCUGGGAGUGUUACAGAAGGUCACCAUUGGACAUGACAGUCAGGGAGAAGGAUCAGGAUGGUAUCUGAAGAAGGUGGUGGUGAUGGACUCUAUUGAUUCAGUGGACAAAUUCGUAUUCCCAUGCAAUCAAUGGUUGGAUGAGGGAGAGGAGGAUGGUAAGAUAGAAAGGACCUUACUUUUGUCUGCAGAUGCUGUUCUUGAGGAGGACAUAUCCCCCUCACCACAGGUCAGUCAACCCUCUCCAACACCCAGACAGAAAUCCAUGACCCCCACACCAGCACCGAGAGAGAAGACCAAGACCCCAGUCCCUGCUCUCAGGGAGAGAACCAAAACACCUACACCAAUACCCAGAGAGAAGACAAAAAGUCCUGAUCCAACACCACGAGAAAAAACCAAGACACCCUCCGUAACACCGAGAGAGAAGACGAGAAGUCCUUCCCCUGCCCCAGUGGUGGCCCCCGUAGUAGUGUCUGACAAAGUAGAAACGCCUGGAAGUCCCAGGCCUGAAGAAAAACCAGAUUCACCAGAGCCACACAGUGAAAAGCUUCCUUCCCCUAAACCAGAGAAGGCAGCCUCACCAGUAACUGAGGACCUAAAACCAAUGUCACCAAAAACCAGUGAAGAAAAACCACAUUCACCAACCACUGAUGAUGAAACAGCCAAGAAACUAGACACUCCUAGAGAGGAGGAGAAAGAAAUUAAGGCGGAGGUUCCAGAGGAGAGAGACACUGACAAAACAGAGACUUUGGAGGAUAAACCAAACCAGGAGGAAUCCAUGGAUAGACUGACUGACCAGCAGACAGCAGAACCGGAGAAAGCGGUGGAGGAUGAUAAACCACCCACUCCACCACCACAAGAGGGUGCUGUAAAGGUUUACGUGAAAACCAGCUCCACUCCAGGCUGUGGCACCAAUGAUCAGGUGAUUUUGACGGUGUAUGGAGAUGCCGGGAAUUCUGGUCCCCUAAGUCUUGGGGAACCAAACAAGGGAUACUUCCAGCCAGGACAGACCGACGAGUUUGUGGUAAACUUUGACAUUGAAGAACUUGGAGGAAUCCGUAAAAUACGGAUAGAACAUGAUAAUCCACACACUCAGUCUGGAUGGGGGCUAGAUAAGGUUGCUCUGCAUGAUCUGAAAUCAGAUGAAAAGUACGAGUUCCACAUCGGCAAACGUCUGUCAUUUUCAGAUGAAAACGGUGACAUUUCUGUAGAGAUGCCAGCUGAAAACAACUCGCAUGACUUCUGGCCAGUGCGACAUUAUGUUGUGGCGGUAGAGACAGGAACAGAAGAGAAUUCUGGGACAGAUGCCACAGUUCAUGUAACGCUGUUUGGAACACUGGGCGACUCUGGCAGACGUUAUCUUAUCAACAACAAGGAACAGAAUAAGAAAUUCAGAACUGGAAAAGUAGAUACAUUCAUUGUUGAAGCUGUUGAUCUUGGAAGGCUAGAAAACAUCAUCAUAGGACAUGAUGGGAAGGGUCCUGAGUCAGCCUGGUUCCUGGAGAAAGUAUCAGUAAAAGAAGGAGCGGAUGCCAAACAGAAGUAUAUCUUCAGCUGUGGCAGCUGGCUACAAGAUGAAGAGGACUAUGGGAUUGUGGAAGUUGAGUUGUAUAUGGACCGCAUGGAGAAAGAAAAAUCGAAUUUACAAAUCCAAAACCCGACAGAAAAAGAAGAUUCUACUCUACAGAAGCAAAAUGUUGUGAAGGGGGAGGAGACACGGGGAAAUGGAGGGGAACAGGACGGGGCAGAGAAUGUUAACAGUGUACAGGGAACCACAGAGGGCAAGGAGGAAAAAGAGGGCACGAACAGAACUGAUAGUGAAGAUCAAAGUAACAGCAGGGGGGUGGAUCACACAGGCAGUAAGGACACUGGUGAAAAUGACACUGGGGCACAGAACAAAAAUGGCAGUGUAAAUCAGAAUGAGGACACAAAUGUAACGGACACACAGGGUGGAAAUUCAAAGCAGGAUGAGUAAUUCAUUGGCAACCAUUACUAUUCAGAGGGUUUGUCUGUAGAGAGUGGAUCGAAUCCUUCCAUGGUAAAUACUGUUGCAUUGUAAAGGUGCAUGUGAUUAAUGGAGGACAGACCAUAUAAAGAGUGGUUGGUAUUUCUUUGGUGUCAAUAUUUACACUUCACUAUGCAAUUUUCAGUGUUUUGUCACAGUUAGCAAAACAAUAGUGCCAAAUGAUUCUGUCAAUGUCUUGUGUAAUUUCAGUGGGAUUGUACUGUAAACCACUUUAAUUUGUGAGUGAGAAAUAUUUACGAGAUUUGUUACGUUUGCUCACUCACAAAUAUUUUUCACCAUAAACCAUUAAAUUGAUAUUUGCUUGCAUUGGAAGUUUCUCUCCAUUUUGAAUACAACUGUAUUGAUAGCUGCAGAUAGAUUCUUCAAUGCUAAAUCAUGAAUAAAACUCAUCAUGAGUAACGGGGUGGUUCACAGUAAUCCCUGUAAACUUUCGACCAAUCACAGACCAUGCUUCCAUUCCACAAAUAACCUGUUCCAGUCUCACCGCUUGCCACAGUGAAUGACUCAUUUUAUUUCAUUAUGUUUGAAUACAGACUGAAGUGUGUAUCGAAAAGUUCUGUGAUAUGCAAAUUAUCUGUGAUAAAUUGUGUUUUAUUUCAUCAAAGAAUUAUUGGGUUUCUUUUUACAUGACUAGUAUAUUCACAUUUUGACCACCGAAUGUCAGAAGUCUGCUUUUGACGUAUAUAUAGUUCUGAUGUAUAUGCUUGUAUUUAUAUUUUCAUUUUCAAAGUACAAGUAUCAUAUCUUUAGUUACAUGGAGAAUUUGUUGAUAUAUUGUAUCAUUUCAUCAAUAAAUUAUUUGUGGUUUUAUUUUUAUUUUUACAUGAUUAGCAUAUUCACAUUCUGACCACCAAAUGUCUUUAAUCUGGUUGUGACAUAUUGUUUUAAUGUACAUGUAUUUAUAUUGUUAAAGUACAAGUUUUAUAUCUUUAGUUACAUGGAGAAUUUGUUAUAUUUUUAAUAAUAUGUGCUGCAUUUAUUGUAAUUAAUCAAAAAAUUAAAUUUUUGCAUUUA